UGUAUAUUUAUAUAUGCAAUCAAAGCAUAUUUAGAAAUUGCUAGGAAUUUAAAAUUUUUGAUUAUAUAAUAAAAUUAUUAUAGUAUUAAUUAUUAUUAGAAUAUAUCUAAUAGUCUUCUCAUCAACAAUCAUGAUUCCAUUUAUAUUGCUUUCUCUUCUGUAUUGUGUGCAAGCAAAUGAUGAGAGUCUUGUAGCAGUACAUUUGCUCUUUCGACAUGGAAACAGAUGUCCUGAAACGUCAAAUUUGUACAAAUCGAGCCCAUAUUAUAACGAAUCCUAUUUUAAACCUUUCGGCUUUGGCCAACUAACUAAUGAAGGAAAACUGAAAGUUUAUAAUUUAGGAAAGGAAAUUCGUCAACGUUAUUCAGGCUUUUUAGACGAAGAGUAUAGCACUGAUUUAAUAAAUGCACGAAGUAGUGCUUAUCGUAGAAGCAAGGAGUCAUUACUAGCAAUGCUGGCAGGAUUAUUUCCGCCUACCAAGGAUCUAACUUGGUUACCUGGAUUUAACUGGCAGCCUAUAGCAUACGAAUAUAUUGAAAAAAAUUCCGACGAGGAAAUGUUCUGUUUUGGAUGUCAAACAUGGACUGCGACAUUCAAUGAAUUCAUAGCUUCACGAGAUUAUAAUAGCAAAUAUGACCAGCUAUUAUCAACUCUCACGGAAAAAACCGGUGAACCCUAUAACAAUUUGGCGAAACCAUAUUUUUUAUAUUUCGGAUUUCGAAUGUUGACUGAACUUAAUUAUGCCCUACCAGAUUGGGCACAUGAUGUUUAUCCAUAUCCAUUAAAGAAUUUGACAUUGGAUCACAAUGUCAUGGUUACAGGAUCUAGAAAACUACGACAAAUGUGUGGAGGAUAUCUAUUAAAACGUAUUCUUGAUGAUACUCGGUCAAAAAUUGAUGGUAAAUUAUCGGCCAAAAAAAUGUUUAUAUGGUCCGGUAAUGAGAAUAAUCUCGUAUGUCUUCUACGUGUUAUGAAUCUUUUGAAAGACGAUACGAUUCCUAACUACGGAAGUUUUAUUGCACUUGAGCUUCAUAAUAUAAAUUCCACUUAUGGUUUUAAGAUUUAUUUUAAGAACGAUAAUAAUGAACCAGAAUUGUUAACGGUACCAAAUUGUGACAGCUUUUGUCCCUUGGAAAAGUUCGAAGAUUUAGUCAAGGAAGAUAUUCCAGAAAGUAUCUCACUCUGUAGGGGAACCAAGCCAUCCAGUGCUUCUCAGAUGUCCUAUCAGGUUAAUUAUAUGGUUUUACUAUUGCUUACUUAUCUUUUAUUGUAAACAUACUUGUAUUUAAAUAAACAAUUGCAACCUGAAA